AUGAGAGCUGCUGCAUUCAGGUACCAAGAGUUCACUAAAGACCUAGCUUCCUGUCAGCAUCCUGAUCACCCUGAGACUCUAUCCAGCACAGCUACCAGCAGCAGAGACUUUCUGAAGUGGUGGAGGUGGGAAAGCAUCGGAGCCGCUUGCCAGCCGAGAUGUGGAGGGUGUCGUUGUGGGAACUGCCGGCCAGGGGGUAAAGAAAUGACGCUCACAGAAGAGAGGGAGAUCGUGAGAAAUGGCCUGACUUAUUCAACUGGAGAUGACCACAGCAGUGAACCGCAUUGGCAUGCCAAGUACCCAUGGGUAGAAGAUCCAGCAACCUUGCCAAAUAACAGGAAAGCAGUAGAAGCAACAUUCAUCAGAACUGAGAUGAAGCUAUCUAAAGAACCUGAGUGGAAGACGGCCUAUGCUGCACAAGUUCAUGAGAUGGUAAACCGCAGAGCUGCAGUGAAGCUGUCCAAAGAAGUCCUGCAGAGUUGGACUGGGCCAGGUAGAGGCCUCAGCCUGAAUGACAUCCUCAUCGAAGGUCCUGAUGUCCUGAACCCGAUAAGAGCUGUCCUGCUGAGGUUCCGAGCUGGUGUCUACGCCGCCCUUGGUGACAUCCGCAAGAUGUACAACUCCAUCUGGCUGGAAGAUCGAGAGGUCCACUUGCACAGAUUCUUGUGGCGUGACACAGAAGAUGCAGGCAUAGAAGACUAUGCCAUAACAAGAGUCAACAUUGGAGACAAACCUGCUGGUUGCGUAGCCCAAGUCGCCAUGAGAGAAAUUGCAAACCUACCUUCAUUCAGUCACUUCAAAGAAGAGAAACAUGUGCUGGAAGAAGAUGCUUAUGUCGAUGACAUCCUGACAUCACACAAUGACCUCGACCAUCUGAGACGCCUAACAGCCAACAUCGAGCACAUCCUGAGAGCUGGAGGAUUCUACAUGAAGCCUUGGGUCUACUCCAGUCAAAUUGGGAGGGAGGAGUCAAAGAAAGAGUUGCCUCGAUCAGAGCCAAAGACUAUGAUCCUGCCAAACCAGCUGACGGAAGAUGACAACAAAGCCCUUGGCCUUGGCUACACGAUCAAUGAUGUCAAACUUCAUGUCAUGGUUGCAGUGAACUUUUCAAAGAAAAGGAGGAAAAUGCGCCUUGGUCAAGACCUGCUCAGAGAAGAAGUCGGAGAGCAAACACCUGAUCCACUCACCAGGCGAGAACUGCUAAGCCAAGUCUCCGGCCUAUAUGACCCACUCGGUCUUGUGACUCCUGUCAAACAGAAGGGUGCCAUCCUGGUAAGGAGAGAUUUCCAAGAAGCAAAAGUAAAGUACCACCUCGAAGACACAUGGGACGCAGCCUUAUCUGAAGGUCUCCGAGAAGACGCCAUAAAGCUUCUGGAAGAGUAUGCUGACCUGAAGAAACUGCAUUUCACUAGAGCCCUGACUCCACCAGAUCCCUGUGCAGAGCCCAGUGCCAUCACGUUCUCUGAUGGCAGUGAACACGCAUAUGGCGCAGUGAUGUACCUUCGCUGGAGCUGCAGCCAUAGUGUCAUCGUGAGACUAGUAGAGUCUAAAGCCAAACUGACACCUCUCAACCAUAAAGGCGAUCCUGUUAAAGCAGAGAUGUGUGGCGCCGUCUUUGCUGCCCGUCUGAAGACCUACUUCCAGAGGCACUACAGAAUCCAGGUCAAAAAAUGGUACCACCUCGUCGACAGCCAGACCGUCUUGGGUGCAAUCCAGCAUGAGAGCUAUGGUUUCCAGACCUUCUUCGCAAACCGCGUUGGUGAAAUCCAGAGUAGCACUGAUGUCCAAGAUUGGUGGUGGAUUCCCGGGUCAGCAAACAUUGCAGACAUUCUCACCAGAGGGGCUAGUCCAAAUGCCCUAACCGAGGACUCCGAGUGGCAGUCGGGUCCAAAAUUCCUCCAACUUCCUGAAGAUGAGUGGCUGACGAAAUCUGCCGGAGAAGUCGCUGCCCAAGCUCGAGAAAAGGUCACAAAGCUACAGAAAAAGACUUUUGUUGCGGUCCUUACCAGAAUCCACAUCAAGGCAGCUCAAGACCCAGCACACGUAGAGUCGCGAAGACCACUGGCAGGAGUAGCAACCCAACAGCUAAUCGACAAAAGGCGAUUCCGCAACCUGAGAAGGCUGAUUGGGACCGUGGCGUGGGUCUGGAGGGUUGCCAAAAAGUUCAUGAGAUCCAAGACCAGAGACCAAGAAAAGUGGGAGGUAGUACCAUCUUCGGGUGUCCUCACAGUCAGCGAGAGACGAGAUGCUUUUCGAGACCUUUGCCUAGCAGCACAAGAGGGCGUCAACUUCCCAAGCACCACAACAGACAGACUAGUCGUUUACAGAGACCAAACAAGUGGACUUCUAGUCUGUGGUGGCAGAAUCCAGACCUUCAAAGAAGACCGCAGAGCCGUUCCCCUUCUACCAUUCCAAGCCUGGUUAUCCACCCUCCUUGCCAGAGAAGCACACAGCGAGGGACAUGAUGGAGUGGCAGGAACCUUACUACGGAUGAGAAUGAAGGCUUGGGUUGUCAGAGGAAGAAUUAUUGCCCAAAAGGUCGUUGACCAGUGCAUCAUCUGCAAGAAGGCAAAGGCAAGAACCUGUAAGCAAGUAAUGGGAAACUUACCUGAAGAGAGGUAAAACCCUGCUGCACCAUUCGAAUUCACAUCUGUCGACCUGCUUGGACCCUAUCAUGUGAGGGAUGAUGUCAAGAGAAGAGUGACCAUGAAAGUUUGGGGAGUUGUGUUUUGCUGUAUGGCAAGCCGAGCCAUUCAUGUCGAACUAGCAAGCACACUAUCAACAGAGAGCUUCCUGCUUGCCUACCAGAGGUUCACUUCUGUCCGAGGCCAUCCCCGGAAAAUCUGGUCAGAUCCUGGCACAAACUUUGUCGGCGCCAAACCUGUAUUAGAAGAAAUGUAUGCUUACCUGAGACAACAAAACAAGGAGUCGCUUGAAGAAUACUCUGCCAAAAAUGAGACCACCUGGGCAUGGAAGAUUCUUCCCGCUGACUCACCUCACCAAAAUGGGGCCGACGAAGCUGCUGUCAGAGUUACCAAGAGAGCCCUUCAUACUCUUGGCAAUGCAGAGGCUCUUACCUUCAGUGAGUUUCUGACAGCACUCCAGCUAGCUGCCAACCUUGCAAAUGAGAGACCCAUUGAUGCCAGAAUUCAGAGCCGAGAAGAUCGCAUUGACUACAUCACGCCGAAUAAUCUGUUGCUUGGUCGAGCCACACAAAGUGGGGAUUUCAAAACUAUCGACUUCACAAAUUAUCCUUUCAAAAGGCUGAAAGAAGUACAAACCAUGGUCAACAACUUCUGGAGGUCCUGGAGCCAACUCGCUGGACCAAACCUGUUCAUCCGCAGUAAGUGGCAUACUGCAGAGAGAAACAUUGCUGUUGGAGACAUAGUUUGGCUCUGCGACCAAAAUGCCCUUAGAGGGCAGUUCAGACUCGCAAAAGUCAUCAGCGUGAAUCCUGAUUCCAGAGAGAUCGUUCGAGAUGUGCAUGUGAGGGUCUCUCCAAGUUCCAGCAUUGCAGUCAAGAGUCCAAAAUCUGCUACCAGAAGUCCUGAGCUGAGCACCAUUUUACAUCGGGACAUCCGGCGUCUUGUGGUCCUUUUACCGGUGGAAGAUCAAGCCAGGGACCAGCCCACCUGACUGUGAUCUUUCCAGGCAGUGCUGAGCAAAGAUCGAGUGGGAGGUGUCGCGCUGACCUAGUAGGUGUGGCUGUUACUCUUCUCUUCCUCCUCCUGCUCACUACCUGCUCUGUGCUGCUGCUUGCGCGUGGCCGCUGAUUAGACCUUGUGUGCAAUCUACAACUAAGCGCGGCCUGGUGCGCGCCGCUCCGCCAGGUGAGCUGAAUUAGAGCAAUCAAGGGCUGGCAUGCCUAGUAGACCUUAAAAUGCAUGCAGCAGUCAUUUGACCCGGGGGCGACAUACUGAGAGGACAGCAAACAAAGCACAAUCCACUUUCCACUGUGAGGAAGACUUUGAGCUAGACGGGCUAUCGGUUUUUCACCUAUCUAUCUAGCAAAACAGCUACCUAUGAAACUGGUCAAAAAAUAAAUUGAGUGAAAUUCAAAGUCUGGUCUUUUUCAAGUGUGGGCACCUCACAGAC